AUCCAUCUCAACAAUGCCAUCAUCAUCAAGAAUGGUAUAGUCAGGCCUAUAAAUAGGAAAUAUGCAUCGGUGAAUCCGAAUUUUGAGCUUGCUUUUGGACAAAACACAAAAAUUACAGUAUCCGAAAAUGAAAUCAAUAUCGGUACCUUACCAUUUUCAUUCAAGCGAUUCGAAGAUGUGACAAAGACAAAUAAUGAAAAUAUAUUUUUCGGUAUGCUAAAUUUUUAAUCUUAAUAACAUAGCAUUUGUAAUACAAAAUUAAAAUUUUAAGCACUAAAAUUUUAAUCUUUAUACAGAUAUGUUAGGAUUCAUCACUUCAGUGAGACCGUUGUACACAAUAAAUACAUCAGUUAGAAGGGAGAUCACAAUAAUGAAUGAAGAGAUGGAUCCAUUAAUAUUAACAUUAUGGGGAGAGCAUGCAGAGAAAGAAGGUCAAGUAUUCGAAGACAAGAAAAAGCAAAAACCAAUUAUAGCAAUAAUUAAUGUUACUGCAAAUAGAUAUAUGGGAGUUCCGCAACUAUCAUCAAAGCCUGCAACAAUAUUUUUGAUAGACCCAAACAUUACUGAAGCACACACUCUUAAAGAAUGGAUGACAGGGAAGGAGAAAAAUUAUGAGAAACUGAUGCAGCAGACACCAUCGAAGCUAAUGAGAAGGUCUAAGAAGGUUAUGCUUGGAGAUAUCAUCACAUCAUCAACAGCUACAAAACAGAAUAUGUAUUCCUACUUUAAAGCGGAGAUAUCAGCAAUAAUCAAUCCAGAAUCACCUUGUUACACCGCAUGCAAGAGUUGUCAAAGAAAGGUUUUUGUUGAAGACAACAUAGCUAACUGCAACAAUUGCAAUACUGAAGAUGCAGAAUGGGAAAUAAAGUACCUUAUGCGAUUGGAAGUUAAAGAUCAUAUCGACAAGGCAUAUGUUACACUUUUCGAUGAAGCUCGGCAUCUAACUGGUUGUUCAGCUGAAGAAUAUGUAGAUUCAUUUGAUGAAGAAGGAAAGGAGCACUUAUCACCUAUGUACCAGAAAAUGAUGAGCUGUUGCGACAAAGAAUAUCUUUUCUUGAAGCACCCCAACAAAACCCAUCGUCGGGCCAUCAAGAACUUCUCAGCCGCCGUCGCUCUCUCCUCAAUCCUCCUCUCCUCGGCAACCCUCGCCCCUCCCCCGCAGCCGCCGACCUCCGCCGGCCUAACCCCGUGCAAAGAGUCGAAACAGUGCAAGCGCGAGAAGCAGUCCCUCAAAAAGCUCGAGUCCUCCCUCAAGCUCUACGCCCCCGACUCCGCCCUGCCCUCGCCAUCAAGGCCCACGAUGGAGAAGACCAGCGCAGCAGCGUUCGAGAACUAGGCAACUUCGGGCCUCCUCUGCGGUGUCGACGGGCUGCCGCAUUUUGCAUCGCGUGCGCGAUCAGAGCGCCACUGGGGCGAGUUUGUUACGCCGGGGUUGCUGUUCUUGUACAUCGCCGGGUGGAUUGGGUGGGUCGGGAGGAGUUACUUGAUCGCGAUUCGGGGGGAGAAGAAGCCGACGCAGAAGGAGAUCAUCAUCGACGUGCCGCUGGCGAGCAGGCUGCUGUUUAGGGGGUUUAUCUGGCCGGUGGCUGCUUACAGAGAGCUGGUUAAUGGCGAGCUUGUGGUGCCGGAUAAGGAUGUUAGCAUCUGGGGCUGAGGGCAAGCCAGGAUGCUGCUGAGUGAAGGAGCGGCUAGAUUUUACUGGAUGUAUUGUAGGGGAAAGGCUAUGUUGGAGAUCUCUUCUGUAUUUAAGACAGACUCUGAAUUUGUAUCAUUAUCAUGUAUCUGUUAUUCUAUAAUGCUUGAUGAAUCCAACUGAUUACAGUUUUCCUUUAUUAUUUA